GGCACCGUGAGUCUCAGGCCACGACAGCGCUACUCAAGACGGUCAGCGAGUGCAGUCAGUAGCUUCGCAGUGUUGAACGAAUGCCUCGACGCGCCCGGAUACACUAUGUCUCCCUCCGGACUUCUCUGGCGAAUCUACCCAUCUCACUGUAUGGCCCGCUUCUGGAACGGGGUGUCCGUCCACAAGGACUAGCAGUUCACUUAACUCAAGUCACCCCGGGCAAGAAGACAAGCGCAUCUCAGGAUGGCACAAUCCGAGGAGAAGCAUAUGUCGGAUGGAGCGGGAUGGCGUCGGCAUCGUCCCUGGCACAGUUUCAGUCUGGAGUGGACAGAGGGCUCGAAACUGUAGAGAUUGACCCGCAGUUUGCGUCAAGCCUUGGGUUUGCGCAGGGGGACACAGUUGAAAUAGGCUUACUACACAAUCUGGAAUAUGCAGCCACCGUGGAAGCCGAACCUCUGACAGCAGACGAUUGGGAAAUCCUCGAACUACAUGCUGCUCACGUUGAGGGUACUUUCUUGUCGCAAGUACGUGUGGCAUUCAUAGGUCAAGAGAUCGACGUUUGGGUGCUUGGCCGAACACGAGUUCGACUGCGGGUUGUUUCGCUAACGCCACCUACGAAUGGAAGGGCUCUGCUCGUUACUUCGGGCACUGAACUCAGCAUCGCGCCAAAGACUCGCAGCAAGGUGAACGGCACCGGUGUCAAUGGUUCGUCUAGCAAAACGGAGACAGAGAUCAGGGGCGACAUGGCUGCUGGGUUGCAGCAGUCCGUAGAACCAGAAAAGAAGCGAAAGCGGGCCCAUAUUCUUAGGACCCUUCCCUCGCGGAUUAUGCCACCAUAUAGCCCUUCGUGUCCUUCUUUGGAAGACGGCUCAGCAUCUGCCAUUGGUUUCGUAUCGAAGCGUCUUUUGAACUCGCUGUCUGAACAGUCUCCGGAUGCGCAGCCAAAGAGCUGGCUUGCAACCGUUGAUCGCGUCCCUGGGCCUCAGGAUCCUACACAAGAGCCUGCUCUCCCUCCUGCCUUAACGCUACCGGUUCCUCGUAUCCUUGUGCCGACUGAUCCUAGUGCACCAAAGGCUGUCGACUUAGCAGUCCCUGAAGGCACGAAGAACCAGAUUUUGGUUGCUUGGGCUCCCGGGCUCGAGGUCCCAGAAGGGCAUAUAGUCAUCUAUGGUUCAGUCGCUGAUGUUGCAGAAUGGGACCAAGCAAGAGUUGGGUUUGUAAAGGAGAUCGGAGAGGAAGUCACAGCUUGUACGCCUGACUCUGGCAUAUCUAGCCAAUCACAAACACACACGAAGCUCGCUGGUGUCAACAGCAUAGUAGACGAUUGCGAGAUGUUUUGCGUCAUAUCCUAUAUGUCGCAUGUCAAUCGGUCGCGGGUUCACGGAGUGCCUGGCUUACUCGUCACUGGUCGGAGCGGUGCCGGCAAGACUUCCAUUCUUCAAACGGCAUCCAGAGCUCUUCAGAAGGAUGGGCGCACGUUAGCUUACACGCUAUACGUGGAUCUCGCAAAAUACACUGAGACCCCCGUACCGAAAGUGAAGAGCCUGCUCCACUACUGGUUCGACAAAGCAUUUUUCCAUCGACCUACAGUGAUCGUUUUCGACAACAUUGACAAACUCAUGGGCGUUGAGCAAGAGCACGCAGAUUCUUUCAAGCAGCGCCACAUCACGGAGCUCUUCCUUGACCUCUUUGGUUCCCAUACACGUUUCGCAGCGCCAAAUGCCAAGGGCAUUGUGCUAUUUGCCUCUGCGGAGUCGAAUGCGAGCAUACAUCCUCGGCUGAAUGCGGCACACGUCUUUAAAGAGGUUAUCGCGUUGAACCCGCCAAAUAAAGAUGCUCGCCGAGAUAUUUUAACGCAGAUCGUGCAAGGACAUCUCGAGGGUUCAGACCUGGUCAAAGAUCCCAAACGCCUACUUAACUUCACCUCUCUGGCUACACAGACGGAAGGAUAUCUUGCGAACGACUUAAAGGACCUUGUAGCGAGAGCAGUACAUCGCGCCGCAAUGCGUGUUGCAGAACAUGAGGACGAGAAGAACUUCCAGCCGACAUUGUCGGUUGACGACUUUGCGGCUGCACAACUGGACUUCGUACCGCUUUCACUACGCGAUGCCAAGCUGCAAAAGUCGGACAUCGUGUGGGACGACAUUGGAGGUCUGGCUGAGAUCAAGCGUGUGCUCCGCGAGACCCUGGAAUGGCCCACGAAAUACGGCCCGAUAUUUGCGCAGUCACCCUUGCGCUUGCGUUCCGGCUUGCUGCUCUAUGGCUAUCCCGGAUGCGGCAAGACCCUUCUGGCCUCAGCCGUGGCAAGGGAAUGUGGGCUUAACUUCAUCAGCGUCAAGGGCCCUGAGCUAUUAAAUAAGUACAUCGGUGCAAGUGAGCAAUCAGUACGCGAGCUAUUCGAACGCGCGAGUGCCGCGAAGCCAUGCGUGCUCUUCUUCGACGAAUUUGAUUCGAUCGCCCCAAAGCGAGGUCAUGACAGUACUGGCGUCACGGACCGAGUAGUGAACCAGAUGCUUACGCAGAUGGACGGCGCGGAGGGUCUGGAAGGUGUGUACGUCCUUGCUGCGACAAGCCGACCCGACCUGAUCGACUCUGCACUGCUUCGCCCGGGUCGACUGGACAAGGCCCUGCUUUGUAACAUGCCGACCGCCGAGGAACGCAAAGAGAUCCUGGUUGCGGUGAGCCGGAAGGUAGCUCUGUCGCCUUCGGUGGACCUCAGCGCGCUCGCGCGGGACACAGAAGGAUUCUCGGGCGCAGAUCUGCAAGCGCUAGUGUACAAUGCGCAGCUUGAAGUUAUUCAUGAAACGAUCUCUGCGACAUCCGCAUCAUCUGCUUCCGGCAGCACCAGAGAUGAGGACGAGGUACCUGUCGAGUACACCAUCAUCGGCGGACCAGAUAGUGGCAAAGCGGUUAAGUCGCGUGCAGAAGAAGCCGCUUUUCAGCGUCGGCUGAAACGCAUUUUGGCGUCCGGGAAGGCCCAGGGUACUGGCAAGAGCGGUACCGACGCGGCACAAACAACGCCACCGAAGCGAGAGAUUCUUGACAGCCAUCUGCGAAAGGUGCUCCAAACUACUCGGCCGUCGGUUCCGGCGGAGGAGCAGGAGCGGCUGAGCAGGAUAUACCGAGCGUUCAUAUCUGACCGCAGUGGCGAGCUGCCGCUUCCUCCUGAUGCCGGAGGGGUCGGAUUGCGGGCGACGCUCAUGUAGCGCAUGGCCGCGGGAAUUGGACUGUUUGUGUUGGAGUGGGAUGCAUGCUGGAAGAUGCCCAGAAGGCAUGACACACCUGCUGUAAACUCUCGGCACCGCUGGCAAAAGUUGACCUACGAUCGACCGUUUGAGGGGUAUCUGCGGGAGUAGCGUAUGGUCUGAUAGCCCUAUUUUCGCGAACAGGGACACAAACUACC